AUGGAGGGUGGAGACGACGGAGUAGAGCGAGUGGUGGACUCGAAAGACCUGCAGCAGCAGAGCAAAGCCCUCGACAAGCUCACCGAUCGGGUCGAGGAUCGCCAACUCGACUCGACCCGAGUCCAGGAGGCUAUGGCUUCGAUUGCUGCAUCAAAAGAAGCUGAUAUUCAAGCUGCCAGAUUGAGGGAGAAAGAAUUGGCAUCUGUCAAAAUUAAUGCCGCGGAUAUUGAUGUCAUCGCAAAUGAAUUAGAGCUGGACAAGAAAGUUGCAGAAAGGACAUUGCGUGAGCACAAAGGAGAUGCGGUUGCAGCUAUUAGAUCCUUGCUUUACUAA